UGAGCAGGGCAGGGCAGGACUGGGCCGGGCAGGACUGGGCCGGGCAGAGCGGGACCAGGCCGGACCCCCCUCGGACGGACGCGUGGAGUCGCUGCCCUCGUCUCAGAAACUCUCUGAUUUCUGCCCGGAGGCUGCAGGGGUGAUCUUGGCGGAGCGUCGCGGUCAUGGCAUCCAAAGGUGGCACAGUCAAGGCUGCUUCGGGUUUCAGUGCCAGCGAAGAUGCGCAGAAGCUGAGGAAGGCGAUGAAAGGCAUCGGAACUGAUGAAGACGCCAUCAUUGAGGUGCUGGCUCACCGGAGCACAGCGCAGCGCCAGGAAAUCAAAAUAGCCUACAAGUCGACCAUCGGAAGGGACCUGGUGGAGGACCUCAAGUCGGAGCUGGGGGGGAACUUCGAGAAGGUGAUCGUGGGCCUGAUGACCCCCCGGGUCCUGUACGACGUCCUAGAGCUCAGGCGGGCCAUGAAGGGUGCCGGGACGGACGAGGGCUGCUUGAUCGAGAUUCUGGCCUCUCGGACCAACGACGAGAUUCGCCGCAUCGGGGAGAACUACCAACUCCAGUUCGGGCGGUCGUUGGAAGAGGACAUCUGCUCAGAUACAUCUUCGAUGUUCCGGAGAGUUCUCGUGUCUCUGUCUACGGGCAACAGGGACGAGGGGUCCCAUCUGGACGAUGCUCUGGUCCGCCAGGAUGCCCAGGAUCUCUACGAGGCCGGGGAGAAGCAGUGGGGAACGGAUGAGGUGAAAUUCCUGUCCAUCCUCUGCGUCAGGAACCGAAACCACCUCCUGCAUACGUUCGACGAAUACAGACGCAUUUCCAAAAAGGACAUCGAGCAGAGCAUCGAAUCGGAGAUGUCGGGCCACUUUGAAGACGCCUUGCUUGCUGUCGUCAAAUGCAUGCGGAAUAAACCUGCCUAUUUUGCCGAAAGACUCUAUAAAUCCAUGAAGGGUCUGGGCACCGAUGAUGAUACCCUCAUCCGAGUGAUGGUGUCACGCUCCGAGAUCGACAUGAUGGACAUCCGAGCGGAAUUCAAGAAGCUUUACGGGAAGUCCCUCUGUUCCUUCAUCAAGGGAGACACAUCGGGCGAUUAUAAGAAGGUUCUGCUCGAACUCUGCGGCGGAGACGAUUAAAGCCUCGGCUCCGGCAGCCGGACCGGAGCGGGCCGGGAGUCCGAAGGCUUGAGUCCAAUUAAAGGAAGCCUCCCGCGGGG